UGCAUCCUUUUACCAAGCACGGCUGUAUCGUAUCUCUCUCACAGCUCUUCGUGUCUCUCUUCACUCGGCCCUUCAAACGAAUCGAUCGGAAACGCAGCAGUACGUUUAGGUACUCGCUAGCCAGCUCUCUUACUAGAAAGCCAAGAACUUGUAAAGCCCGUCAUCAUGUCGUCAUUGUCCUCCACCGGCCAAGACUUGUUGGUGCCAGCCCUGCUGGUGGUGCUCCAACAUGACCGAAACCUGCUCUCUCUGAAAGACCUUGGAAAUCUAUCGAUCGGCAACAAAACACUAGCAAAGUUGGUAGAAGAUUGUGCUGUUUGGAAAACUUUGUUUGAAGAGAUUUCUGCCGCUCCCAUGCUGGAAGGCACGUCAUCCGGAAUCGCAUGGCAUGGUGAGGAAGGCCUACUUCCUUGCUUCACUAACCCAGAUCCUCGCAUUCUCCAGCGAGUGGGCUACAAGCAUGCGCUUGGACUUCUCGUCUCCAAGACCUGUCAGAAUUGUGGGAUCCUUGCUGGCUCUGCUGGUCCUAUUUCGCUCAAACGCCUCUGCAAGAUCUGCAGCAAACAGGAUUCCUCGUCUUGGAUUUGCGUCAAGACCAAGGCAAAAGACAUGUUCCUGCUCAAUGACAAGGACUUGGCUGCUUUGCCAAGUGCAACUGUGACUCCCGGCAUGGGCCCAGAUGGCAAGAUGUCAACUUUGUUUUCCUACGAGGACGUGAAGCAAAAGUCCUUCCAAAAGUGGGGUGGGGAAUCUGGCCUCGAAGCAGAAAUGAACCGUCGCAUUGCCGCGGCAAACCGACGCUACAAGCAAAGGCAGAACACUACAAAGCCCAUGAAGAAAAAGCCCAAAGUCAUUCACCAGUCAACACGACCAGCUGACAAUCCUGACCUUGUGGUCUCCCACUCCGUCUCCUCCCUUCCCAUUGGUUGCAUGAUUCGAAAGAGCAAGGUCAAGCGUACCAAUGACGAUGAUGGCUGGCAACCGUUGCGGUUUCAUGCAUGUCGCAAAUGCAACGCCUGCGGCAGACACAAUGAGAUUUGGGACCACUCCUUGAUUGAGCAUGACCUCGUGGAUGCGACAGCCAUCGGGGAGGCAAACGUCGUCACUACUGAUGAAAGUGCUUUUCUGGACCUGCGCGGAUUGAGCCUUGCUACUGAACUCGUUACCUGUCUUGCCAAUUGCACCUUCUCUCAUCAUCGAAUCCAAGAUCGUGACGGUUAUCGGAUCCGAGAGCACAACGUCUACAGCUUUGUCUUUGAAGCCAGCGGCGACGACGACCGGGUGAAAAUCGUCUUUGACGACUUUGGUGUUCGUAACACUCCCUACCCACUUGCCAUGGUGACCGCGUUGAGCAAAAUUGGAACCGGUCCCAGGGCACACGAACGGCUCUUUGAAACUGCUGGGGGUCCUACGAUUCGUGAUGAUGGUUUUGUGACGCUAUGCAACGAAGGCGCCAUUGCGAAGGUCAUGAAGGCGCUUGGGAUGACCGAGGAGACGUCACCCGUUCAGUUCUUGGCGGGUUUGUUUGCCCGCAUUUACACGUCGGAAACCUUGAAGUCGAUGACAUUGCAUAGAGUCUACAAUGCCAGUCACCGUGGGUACACGGAGUUUCUUCUCCUUGAGCAGGCAAUCUCGUAUCUGAAUGCGACAAUGGUUGAGGAAGACGAUUACGAUGACGAUGAAGAGGAUUGGCGCGAUUACGGCUGUGACUGUUGCUAUGGCAUGGGCUGUGACUGUUGCUUUUGCUGAUUGAGUUCGAGUCGAGCAUCCACUCUCUGUUCGUUCGAGCGGGAGUUCGAACCAUACUUACCAAAGAGAGUGUUCCUGAUGGUUUGACUUGUAAUACAAUGAGGCGGCUGUGCAUCGUACUUGGAGUCGGAGUGACAGUCAGCAAUUGGGUUGGGUGUGUUGAUGUGUUUUCAAAGGGUCCAAGCUUCUACAAUACUAGUAGAUUUUCUAAAAGAUUAGAUAUCUGUGUGUUUUCAACG